GCUUGCGCAGAUCCUUCCUCUCAGGAACGCGCACAGCUGCAUGCUUGUCUCACCUGUGAUGGAUUUAGAAGAAGCUUUGAAGCUCGUCGGAGAGUUUGGGCCCUACCAGAAACGAGCGGUGGCUGUCCUCGUCCUGACUCAGGUGUACAUGGCCUGUCAGUCCAUGCUCAUCGUCCUGGUUGGUUUUACACCGGAGUACCGCACCGAGCAGCAGCAUCAGCAGCAGGACGGCGUCCCUGUAAGCCAGCACGUCACCUUUACAGAGAACGUCGACUCCAUCGUGACUGAGUGGUUCCUCAUCAAGCAGCAGGCCUACAAGGUCAGCCUCGCCGGGUCGCUCUUCUUCGCCGGGCUCCUAAUCGGGAACGUCGUCUUUGGGCCUCUCUCGGAUAAGAUUGGCCGGAGACCCGUUUACCUGACAGGCCUGUUCUUUGAGGUCGUCUUCGGCUACGUGACCGCCUUUGCGCCCAGCUAUGAGGUCUUCGCUGCCUCUCGUUUCCUGGUGGGGCUGAUGAACGGCGGCAUCGGACUCGUUUGCUUCGUGCUAACGCAGGAGUACGUGGGCAAGUCCUACUGGGCCAUGACGGGGACGCUGACCAGCAUGACGUUUGCCGUCGGCAUCGCCCUGUUCGGCGCCCUGGGCUACUUAAUCCAGCCGUGGAGGAGCUUGGCGACGGCGGCCAACUCGUCCGGCGUGCUCUUCUUCCUGCUGUCUGUCACUCUUCCAGAGUCCCCUCGUUGGCUGUACUCCCAGGGCCAGGCGGAGCGAGCUGAGGAGGUCCUGCGUUUUAUGGCGAGCAGGAACGGCAACGCCGUGAAGCACCUGAUGCUGCAGCGCGUCGGCGUCUCUAAAGCCGGUAACCACAAAAGCCGAGGCGCCGGCGUCCUGCAGCUGAUCAUCCACCCGGUGCUCCGCCUGCGCACGAUGGUGCUCAUGUAUGUGUGGCUAAUCUUUAGAGAAAACCUCUCUGUGGUGGAGUCCCGGCUGUCGGGCUGCUUUCACCUCUUAACAAACUCUCAGUUUGAGUUUGUGUUGGCAGGAGCUUUGCUGAGUGUGACGUCGUUGGCGCUUGUGGGAAAACUGAUGGUCAGCGCAGCGUUCAACAUCGCCUACGUCUACACGUCCGAGCUCUACCCCACAGUCAUCAGGCGGGCCCUCCAUACCUCCAUGCCCUUCACCGUGUUCUGUCUGAGCGGCCUGUCGGCGGGCUGUUUGGGCCUCCUGCUGCCGGAGACUCUGAACAGACCAGCAGCAGAGACGCUGGAGGAGCUGGGCAGCCCGGGGCUCGGCCGCGUGCUGGAGAGCAAGCCUCUGUUGUACGAAGAUGAAAGCUGUGCAUCGACCCACAAAUAAAGCCGGCGGCCUCGUCUUCAUCGCUCAGAACCGCAAACUGUCCCGUUAGUUAACGGUUUCUGAGCCGCCGUUCGCUGCAGGAAGCGAAGACGUCGUCAGCUGACCUCGUAGGAAGACGCAGCGUCGCGGCCGAUUCCUGAACGCUGCGGUGGCGAAUUUAGAGACCGAGGGCUGAGAGUCAUGAUCCGCUUUACAUUCCAGAUCCUGACAAGAGGGACCAAGAAGCUUUGACAGCUCCUGAAGCUUGACAGCCUUUCCUCCAGUGACGCUUUUAGACUUCUGCUGCUUCAGGAGGAAAAGUGUUAAAGACUCUCCACACCAGAGGAACCAGCUUACAGUCACUACAGUUUACACAAUCAGAUUAUUUAUGUCGGCUCUGAUUUUCUUCCAGGAACUAUUAUCAUUAUGUUUACUCUGAUUUAACGUCAGGAAAAAGAUCUAAAAGAAAGUCAUGAAAAGUUUCUCUGUGGUCAGAAACGUCCACGUUUCACGCUCAGACGAUCCAUCAGCUUCUCUUACCUCGAUUUAUUCAAACACAAAUAAAAACCAGGCUGGUUUAAUUUAA